AUGACCGCGGAGGCAGACCCGCAGCUGGGCAGCUUAACCAUCUUCAGCAAGGAGGAUUUCGAAGAGGACUGGGUUAAGGUGGCCAGCGGAGGCUUUGGGUGCGUGUACCAAGUGAAGCACAGGAGGUGGAGGACGGUCUAUGCGGUGAAAUGCUCGCCGUACCUGCUGCAGGACUCCAGCGCGGAGAGAACCAGUGUGAACUGUCUAAUGGAAGAGGCAACCAAGAUGGAGAAAAUCAAAUUCCAGCACAUUGUCACUAUCUAUGGGGUCUGCAACAGGCCUCUGGGCAUAGUGAUGGAAUAUAUGGCCAGAGGGUCCUUGGAGAAAAUCCUCCCCACUCACAAAAUGUCCUGGCAGCUCAAAUUCCGGGUUAUCCACGAGAUGGGCUUGGCGAUGAAUUUCUUGCACAGCAUGACACCUCCUUUGCUUCACUUAGAUCUAAAGCCAGGGAACAUUCUCCUAGACGGGAACAUGCAUGUCAAGAUCUCAGACUUCGGGCUAUCCAAAUGGAUGGAGCAGUCGAGCCGAAUGCAAUACAUUGAAAGCUCUGCUCUGAGAGGCACUUUGAGCUACAUCCCCCCCGAAAUGUUCCUCCAGAACACCAAGCCCCCAGGAAUCAAGUACGAUGUGUACAGCUUCGGAAUCGUCAUUUGGGAGGUGCUUAUGCAGAAGAAACCUUACGCAGGAGCCAACAUGAUGGCCAUUAUAGUCAAGGUUGCAGCAGGAAAGAGGCCGUGCCUGGAGCCCACCAGCGACGACUGGCCGGGGGAAUGCCAGCAGAUGGUAGACUUGAUGAAGAGGUGCUGGGACCAGGACCCUAAGCAGCGGCCGAGCUUUACAGAUAUCCCCGUGGAAACAGACAUGCUGCUGUCCCUGAUACAAAGCCUCGUCGUAGAUCCAGAGAACGAGCGCCUUGUCAGGAAGAUGUCCCACAAGCCUGCCAUCUCGGGGAGCCAGCAGAGUGACAAAGAAGAGUUUAUCUUCUCCCAAGCGCCCAGAAGUGCUGAAACGGGUAAAGAGGAGGUCCGUGUGCCACCUUCUCAGGGUGAGACCGAAAGUCCUGAGGACAUCCUGUCCGAGGAGAUCUGCAGAGUCCACGACAACGGCCUCACGCUGCUUCACGUCAUGGUGAUCCAGGGAGACGUGGACAAGGUGAAGUUUCUCCUGAGCUGUAAAGCCAACGUGAACUGCCAGGCAGUCUGUGGCUACACGCCGCUCAUCGUGGCUGUUCAGAGGAGGUCCCCAGAGGUCUGCUCGGUGCUGAUAGAGCACGAUGCGGACGUCAACAUGCCCGAUGAGGAUGGUUGGACGCCUCUUCACUUCGCAGCUCAGAAUGGGGACGACAGAAUUGUCCGCCUCCUGCUGGACCACCAGGCACAGGUAAAUGCUCAGGAGCACGACGGGUGGACCCCCCUGCACUUGGCAUCACAGAACAACUUUGAGAACGUGGCCCGAGUGCUGCUGUCGCGCCAGGCUGACUCCAACACCCAGGAGGUAGACGGGAAAACGGCCCUCCACGUGGCAGCUUGCUUUGGGCACGUCAGCUUGGUCAAACUCCUUGCCAGCCAAGGAGCAGACCUGGAGAAGAAGCAGAAGAACCACAGGACGCCGCUUCACGUCGCGGUGGAGCGGGGGAAGUUCAGGGUCGUCCACUACUUGCUGAAGAACGGGGCCUCCGUCAACAGCCUGGAUCAAAACCACUACAGCGCCCUGCACCUGGCCGUGGCCAGGGGGAAGUACCUCAUCUGCGAGAAGCUCAUCAAAUACGGAGCCAACGUGGAGCUGAGGACAGACAAAGGCUGGACCCCGCUGCACCUGGCUUCUUUCAAAGGGCACAUUGAAAUCAUCCACCUGCUGAAGGACAGCCACGCCAAGCUGAACGCCAGAGGAAGCAUGGACUGGACGCCGCUUCACCUGGCCACUCGCUACAGCGAAGAGCCGGUGGUCUGCGAGCUGCUGAGAUGUGGGGCAGACCCCAACAUCGCCGAGAAGUCGGAGUGGGCCCCCCUGCACUUUGCAGUCCAGCGGGGCUCCUUUCUGACCGUCAUCAACCUGCUGGAGUGCAGGGCAGAUGUCAAUGCUAAGAACAAAGUGGGCUGGACACCCUUGCACCUCGCUGUCCUCAAGGGCAAUAUGGCCAUUAUCAAGACCUUGAUUAAGGCCGGUGCUCUGCUGGAUGUGGAAGAUAUUACUGGCUGUACAGCCCUCCAGUUGGCAAUUAGACAUCAGAAGGAAAAUAUCAUUACGCUGCUCCAAGGCAAGGACUCACUGAUGAAUAAAUCAGGGAAUAGGACUCUGGGGAAUGAUGCUAAGAUUUCAAGGCCCAGAUUUGUUCCAAGAAGGACAGAUUUGUAGAUUCAUCAAGUCUGGCAUUUACGACUUGAGUUUUCCAACAUCAGGUGCUACGUCUUAAACCACCAUCUCCUGGCACCUGGUGAUUGCAGGAGAUUUCCAUUUUUUUUUCUUUAAUGGAAGUUCCUAAGUAUAAACACUAAAAAAGUAAAAGUAAACAGAGCUAUAGAAGGAAGAUGACAAGUUAUUUUUGAGACUGACCAAGCUUAUAGAAGUUAAUAGUUGAAUCUGAUCAAGUUUGUAGUUGACUUUGUGAUGUUGGCUUUAGGCAACGCUUUCCUGUUGUGAUACUCAUUGUGUGGGGAUGGAAAUGGAUAUAUGAACUCCCUUUCUAUAAGGACAGUGCUGAAACCGCACAGCAGCACACAUAUAUGUAUGUCUUCCACAGAUUUUAUUGCUUUUAUUCCAUGUUUUCCUACAGAGCAGAUUGGUGUAAAAUGGCUUGGCACAGGUGGGAAUUGAAUCUUGAGAUUCUCACCUGCUGCUGGAAAUAGACACUAAGCAUAUGGUACAGCAACGUGUCAGAUUUUCUGACAUCUCAUUUUUGUAACAAGAAUCUUUAUUAAAAAUAAAACUAGGAAGAAAAAUCACUAGUAGGAACGAUUUAAAUGCAUGCAACAUAGAGAAAA